UCCUGCAUGACUGGUCUUGAAAACUGUGAAUGAUCAAUAGACAGCAUGCAUUUGAAGACUGGAUUAAUAUUUUUGAUCAUUUGCCUUGCUCUCCAAGUUCAGGGAAGCAGAGAGAUUCCUAAUAAAAUAAACCGUGCUGAUGCCAAACAUCUUGCAGUCACCUCAGGGUCAGACAAAACAGAAAGAACAACAAAGAGGUCCAGGAUAUCGACCAUAAGGCGGAUAUUUGACAUGGCAAAACACCGAACAAAGAGGUCAUCUUUUUUCUCAACUGGUGUGAAAGUUUGUCCACAAGAAUCAGUGAAGCAGAUUCUAGCCAGCCACCAAGCUUACUAUAGAUUAAGAGUCUGCCAGGAAGCUGUGUGGGAAGCCUUUCGUAUUUUUCUGGAUCGGAUUCCUGAUACUUCUGAAUAUCAGAACUGGGUUACUGCCUGCCAGAAGGAAACCUUUUGCAUAUUCGACAUUGGCAAAAACUUCAGCAAUUCCCAAGAGCACCUAGAAAUAAUUCAACGGCGAGUAAAACAUAGAACCUUCCAGGAAAGGAAAGAUGAAAUAUCAGCAGAGAAAACAGGAGGCAAAAAGGUGGAAGACAUUCCCUCCAUUUCUACAGGCUCUCCUGGCACACCCCUCUCUCCGUAUGCUCCUAAUGGCACAUUGCUCAACGAAAUUUUCAACGACACAAAGGCUCCUGUGAAGGAGCUGGGAACAAAUGCAGUCCCUGAACUGCCUGUGGAGCAAAUGGUGGAAUUCAGUGUCACUCUCACUGAUCAGGAGUACACAGCUGAACUUAGUGACCCCAGCUCCCCGGAGUACCAACAGCUAGCUGCCAAAUUUCAGCUACAGAUGAAAAAAAUAUUUGAGAAACUUCCAGGAUUCAAAGAAAUCCGCGUCUUAGGAUUCAAACAGAAGAAGGAGAAAGAUGGGUCGAGCAGCACAGUAGCACGAUACGUGGUGAACUUUGAGAGAGAUGGCUCAGAAACCAAAGGCACAGCAGAUGACAUCUCAACUAUUGGAUCUAAUAAGGUUGAAAGCGAAAAAAUACCAAUUUCUCCAGUUGAAGAGAGGGAAAUAUCAGCAACUAAACUGACAGUUACAGACCUUCAGCAGCUGGUUGCCACUGCACUCCAUGAAGACCAGUCCCUGCCAGUGGACCUUGGAACACUUCAGUUUACUGAUGAAACCAUUAUACCACCUAGUGAUUUAGACAAUAAUAUCCAAGGUGUGGUCACUAUUCCUCUGGCAGGCCCUGAUUUGGAGGAACUCCCACUAGGUUAUCCCAGUCCAGCAACAGUGGAUCAAAGAGGAGAUGUAUUUGUUGAUGAAUUUACAACUGAAAGCCCCGCCCUGAGUGAAGAGAUCAGCAUCCCUGAAGAAUUUAAUAAUUUUAUUACAUCUGAACCUGAUUUUCCUACCAAACCCUCUAAAGAACCAUUCCAGGACAGAUACCCAUACACCCAAGUUAUUGCUACCGACCACCCAAGCUUCACAGUGCCUUUCAGUGCUCUGGGUAGCACCAGCAGUCCUCCAAAAUCAGAGGAUUCCUAUUUGCCUCCCCCAGCAGAUGAUUCUGCUGGCAAAGACUUGCUCACCGACGUCUACGAGCCCCCAGUGGAGCUGGCUACGGCAGGAAGCUUCACCACACCUGAUCUCCUGCCUGCCAGAGAGGUGGAGAGUGAAGCUGAAGAGGGGCAAGAACUGACUGAUAUAGCAGAACCUCCUUUCAAGGAGGUCGACCAAGACAGUCUGUCUGAACAAGCAGUUAAGAUCAUGGAAGAACCAGAAUCAUCAGGUGAUGACAUUUUUGUUACAGCCAGCACUUAUGAAAGGUUGCCUUUCUUUACUGGCCCAAGUGAUGUCUCUACCGUGCAGCCUGGAGCUGUUAUUACAGAUGUGCUGCCGUCAAUAGCACCGCUGCCUGCAGCCACCAGCCCGUCCUACAGCCCCUCUGAGAUCAUCGAGCAGUCCCUCGAGUCACCAGAUUCCUCAGCUGCAGCCCCUGAGGGCGUUCCUGUGGAUGGCACCGGGAUGGGAGUGCAGGACAUCGCUGCUGAGCUGGACCAGAUGGGCGCGGUGAGCACGGCAGCGCUGGAUGAGGGCGAGCAGGGCAGUGGUUACAUCUCGGUGCUGACCACCGAGCCCGCAGAAACCACCCCAGCACCGGUGCUGAAGUACGUAACUACCAGCACCAUGACAACUGCAGCCAAAGGCAAAGAGCUCGUGGUCUUCUUCAGCCUGAGGGUAACCAACAUGCACUUCUCUGAUGACCUCUUCAACAGGAGUUCGACAGAAUACAAAGCACUGGAGCAACAGUUCAUGCAACUGCUCCUUCCAUACCUUCAGUCCAACCUUACAGGUUUUAAGCACUUGGAAAUUCUCAACUUCAGGAACGGAAGUGUGAUUGUGAACAGCAAAAUGAAAUUUGCCAAGACAGUGCCAUACAAUAUCACAGAAGCAGUACACUGUGUUUUGGAAGAUUUCUGUGAUGCUGCAGCCCAACACCUCAAUUUGGAGAUUGACAGCUAUUCCCUGGACAUUGAGCCAGCUGAUCAGGCAGACCCCUGCAAAUUCAUGGCAUGUGACAAGUUUUCCGAGUGUGUAAUGAACGAGUGGACAAAAGAGGCCGACUGCCUUUGCAAGCCUGGCUAUGCCAGCCAGGAUGGAUUUCCCUGCCGGAGCCUGUGCGAGCUGGAGCCCCAUCUCUGUGUCAAUGGUGGGAAAUGUGAGCUGGUUCCAGGAAGAGGAGCCGUCUGCAGGUCACCAGAUGAAUUUACAAAACCAAGACUGACAAGUUAGUCUCUGGAAUUCUUCAUUUCCAGCAUCAGCCAGACAAAACCAAGGUAUUCAAGAAAGAAGGUCUGCAUUAUUCAAGAUUAGACUGCAGGAUGAAUAUGG